ACCUGUCCUCACCUGUCCUCACCGUCAAGGAAGGACGUGAACUGCUCGACAAGACGCAAUAGGCCGCCAGUCUGUUCGUUGUGCACACCUGGAACAUUCUCGCUCUGACCUGAGGAAUACUCGGCUGGAUAGAAAGGGCUCACGUGUAGGUCUUCAACACUGUGCACGGCUCUACAGGCAGCCACACGAUGGUCCCCAAACUCUACGUCCUCGUGCUCGUUAUCACUAUAGGCGGUGGUCUCAGCCAGACCGCCGACAUGGACUACGCUACUCAACAUGAGUCCUCACCUCACAAAGAGACAUCCCUAAAGGAAAACCUAAUCGCCGAGCAGGCAGACAGCGACGACCCCACUGAUGGAAACCAAAGCAACAACACUGCGUUGUUCGAGCAAAUCCUAAAGUCAGUACCCGAAACGUGCCAGAACAGAUUCCACCUUUGUGGUUCUCUAAAUCCAGCAUCCAAAACACUCAUCGAACAAGGCCAGUUCUGUACAGUACUGUCAAAUCCUUUGGCCAAACGGUGUCUUGUUAGUAUGGGUCCCUGCACAGAUGAAGAUUUCAAAUCCGUCAAGACACAGUCCUGUUCAGAAGAACAUAAUUCUCCAUCUCCUACCCAACAGAGCCAAACCCCUGAGCAAGAGACACAAGCACUUGCUCAACAAACCCAGAGCCCCGAUCAAGGCAACAACACAUUAAUCAACAACUUACUUAGCACACGAUCUCAGGAGUGUCAGAAUACGUUCAGGGUGUGUGGAUCUCAACAAACCGCUGCCAAAGAGCUCAGGGAAAAGGGAGAAUACUGUAAAGCCUUAUCUGACCCAAAUGCUAAAUUUUGUCUUGUGGACAUAGGCGGCUGCACGGAGGAUGACCUUGCAUUCGCCAAGAAAGCAGUAUGUACAGAACAUGUUUCACCAUCCACCACUCCACAAACACAGAGCCCCAGCCAAAACAACACUGCGUUGUUCGAGCAAAUCCUAAAGUCAGUACCCGAAACGUGCCAGAACACGUUCCACAGUUGCGGCUCUCUAAAUCCAGCAUCCAAAACACUCAUCGAACAAGGCCAGUUCUGUACAGUACUGUCAAAUCCUUUGGCAAAACUGUGUCUUGUUAAUAUGGGUCCCUGCUCAGAUGAAGAUUUCCAAUCCGUCAAGACACAGUCAUGCUCUAAAGAAAAUGUUCCUUCAUCCUCUACCCAAAAACCCCAAGCGCCUACCCAACAGACACAAGCACCUACCCAACAGACACAAGCACCCACCCAAAAGACACAAGCAUCUACCCCACAAACGCAGAAUCCCAACGAAGGUAUCAAGUUAUUCGAUCGCAUACUUAGUCCAUUACCCAAAGCGUGUCAAGACUCGUUUCAUACUUGCGGUUCUUUGAAUCCUGAAAGUACAAAACUCAUAGAACAAGGCCAGUACUGCACAGUAUUAUCAAAUCCUUUGGCAAAACUUUGUCUUGUAGAUGUGGGCAGUUGCACAGAGAAAAACUUUGAAUAUGCAAAGGGGGAAGCUUGCAAACCGCGUAAACCAUCACUCGACCAAGUCUUUGCUAAGGAGUCGCAGGCAUGCCAAAAAACCGUCCACAGUUGUUCAUCUCCACAGUCACCCGCUAAGGCGUCUUUGGAACAGGACAACAAGUGUGAAGGACUCAAGUCCCCCUCAGCCAAAAAGUGUCUCGUUGACCAAGGAAACUGCUCACAGAAAGACUACCAGGAUGUAUUGAAUAAGAUGUGCACAAACACACGGACCCAGAAACCGGCCCCGACGACGUACAAGCCGAGUCGCCAGGAGAGAGUCAUGGGCCACAACCCGUUGACCAGCGCCGUGCACCGGCUAAAGGGAGACUGCCAGAAGAGCUUCUGGGAAUGCCUCAAAGUGCUGCCCACAGUGCGGUACCUGGUGAACCAGAAGAACUUCUGCCGCGCCAUGCACCAGACCUCGGCCAUGCUCUGCAUGGUGGCCCUCGGGGACUGUCGGGAGAUGGACAUCGACCAGCUCAGGGCCGCCACCUGUAAAGGAGUGCCCAUUGCUAAUAUUAACAAUGAUGACAACACGGCUCAGACGACAAGAGCUGCUGUGGGGACCAUGGUCCUUGCGAUUCUUGUGCAACUCUUCUGAUUGUCAAAAAACAAACAAACAACCCAGUCCAGACAAAAAGACGGUGCUGUAGUCCAGACAAAAAGACGGUGCUGUAGUCCAGACAAAAAGACGUUGCUGUAGUCCAGACAAAAAGACGUCGCUGUAGUCCAGACAAAAAGACGUUGCUGUAGUCCAGACAAAAUGACGUUGCUGUAGUCCAGACAAAAAGACGUUGCUAUGAGCCGCCAGGUGGUAUAGAGAAAAGAACUGUUUUAAAUACUCAAAACCACGACUGUCUAUAUAACCAAUCACCGAUCCAUCUUCCUACCGAGUUUCUUGCUUCCGUAACCUCACUUUCAACCCUCUUCCAU